AAUACUCAAAUAAAUCUACACAACUUUUGCAUGCAUUCCUAAUGUGCCUAGAACGUAAACACCACAACAAUACUUUCGUCCAAAUAUGCUAAGUAACAUUGAGGAGUGCCGCCAUGCCCCAUGCAUCAUCAACCGGUAUAGAUCUCUGCAACCAGGUUCGUGAUAUUGGCCGGGUGUUCGGGCAAGUGCAAAAAGUAAUGGAAGAUCGAUUUGAUCGGAUAGAUGUUGCGUUGUCGGAAAUUCAAACCCACUUGGCAAAGUCUGCGGGCGGUAGCAUUAACGAAGUCACCCAUGCACCCAAGCUGGAUAUGCCCAAGAGUGAUGGCUCCGAACCCGUGCGUUGGUUGCAUUUGGUAAAAGAAUACUUUGCAUAUUAUGAAACCCCCUCAAAGGAUCGUCUGCAAUAUGUGACAUCGAUGUUGGAAGGGGCCGCUACAGAUUGGUUCCGUUGGCGUAUGAAUUACGGGCUCAUUAAUGAUUGGGAUGAUUUUGUGCACAAGUUCAAAAUUCGAUUUGAUCCUUUUCAUUACGUCUUUAUGGAGAAGAUACCCGAAGAGGCCCAAGACAUAGUUAUUCAGGCAGGGAAAGGAGCAGUUGCGCACCCAACACUUGUUGUCAUGGACAAAGGUGGAUCUCAGAAAUUGAGUGCUGAAGCACACACCAAGGAUGACAUAUACAGUGGGUCUGAUGCCAUGGGGAAAGAGGGGGAUACCCCUGGUGGCGAGGAUGAAGCAAACUACAAGCUCGGGUGUACUCCUUGUGCUGGAGACGUCGCAAAGGGCCAAACAUUGAGAUGUGUCAUCGAUCCAAAUAGCCAACACCCUCUUUCUUUAGUUUGGUCUCGCACAAUCAUGAUGUCUCACCACCCCCUUAUCAUCAAGCCAGAGAAUCAAGAUUUUAAGGGAGCCGCUAGACAUGAUAUUUUUGGGUGUCACCCAUAUUUCCUGCACCACGCCCCAAAGGUCAAGCCGGGUAGAGAUUGGUCAACAAGUGAACAUCUUCUUUUGUUCAUCGCUUUCUCACCUAUCCAAAAACAUGAGUGGGAACCUCCACCUUGAGGACAAGGUUGGUUUUUUAUUCUUUAUGUUUUGAUCAGAUUUUUUACAAAUUAUCUCUCACCAUUUCAAAUAAAUUAUAUCAUUUAAGUACCAAUACACAAAAACACUUUUUAGGUUUGUCAAUGAGCUAAGUGACGAAUGUUUCACUGAAAAAUUAUUAGAGAGUACAACCUAAAAAUUAAAUUUAUGUGUGAUGAGAUAAAAUGAAUAAAUUUAUCUCGAUAAU